GUCCUGAAUUUUUAAUUUCCUUCUUUUUUUUUUUCAGAAAAAAAAUAUAUAGUAAAACAUGGCAUUCUCCCCUUCAGAAUUCAGAGCAUUCAAGCUUGAAAAAGUCGAACGCGUUAAUCAUAAUGUGUCCCAUUUCCGUUUCAAACUACCUAAUGAAACUGAUGUAGCUGGUUUGCCUAUUGCUUCUUGUGUCUUGUUCCGUGCUGACAUUACAAAGAAUGGAAAAACGGAAGAAGUCAUUCGUCCUUAUACUCCUACUUCUGUUGAACAAGCACAAGGCUACGUUGACUUUGUCAUCAAAGAUUAUCCUGAGGGUAAUAUGAGUAGACAUGUACAUUCAAUGAAAGUAGGUGAUACUAUUGAUAUUAAGGGUCCUUUUGAAAAAUACAACUGGGAUAGCAAGCCUGUUGAUGAAGUUGGCAUGAUUGCAGGCGGUACCGGUAUUACACCUAUGCUUCAAUUUUUGCGUAAGGUUUUUAGCCCUGAAUCAUCUCACAAGACCUCCAAAUUUUCUUUGAUUUUUGCCAAUGUUUCAGAAGAAGAUAUUUUAUUCAAAGAAGAAUUAGAUGGUUAUGCUCAAUCUUAUCCUGAUCGUUUCAAGGUUACUUAUGUUCUGGAUAAGCCUUCAUCUCAAGAUUGGGCUGGCGUUACAGGUUAUGUUACCAAGGACUUGCUAAUGAAGAAUUUGCCUAAACCUGAUGUUGAAUCCUCCAUGAUCUUCGUCUGUGGCCCUCCUCCUAUGAUGGAAGUUAUCAGUGGUGAUAAGAAUCCUGAUAAGAGUCAAGGCACUUUGAGAGGUUAUUUGAAAGAACUCAAUUAUGUUCAAGAUCGUGUCUAUAAACUUUAAUAGAACCUGUUAUAAAUUACAUCAAAGUGUGUAGUAAGAAAUAGGGUCCUUUUUUUUUAAUAAUGAUUUUAUUAAUAAAAACAAGUAUUCAGAGACUUUUUUUUCCUUUUUUUUUUUUUUAAUACAAAG